CCCGUUUAACUUAUACCAAUACUACCUUCAUCAUCCUCUUCGCCAAACCAUGUCUGACUUCACUCUUAGACGCCGUGCAGAAUGGACGCCUCACAGACGCGUUAUUCUAGCGUGGCCAGGCUUGGAAGGAAUCCUUAAAGAUUACCCAGAGAUGUUAGCAAAGGCAACGCAAGAGGUCUCAACUCUUGCAGCGGCCAUUGGCCAAUUCGAACCCGUCACUGUCGUCGUGGGCGCUGAACGCAUUGAAGAAGCCCAAGCACAUUUCGCCGAUGUCAAUACUCCUUUUCCCAUUGAGACGCGACAAUUUGAAGGGUCGGAAAUGGAUGUCUGGACAAGAGACUUUGCGCCAGUAUUUGUUAUCAAAGAAGGCCCUGGAAGUAGCCGCAACGUCGUUGGCGUUGACUAUAACUUUAAUGGCUGGGGGGACAAGUACCCCACGCCCACAAUUACUGAAUUCGCGAAGAAGUUUCUGAGUGAAGAGAAUUAUGGGUGGAUUGAAACGUCCAUUGUGACCGAAGGUGGUGCGCUGGAGACGGACGGCGAUGGAACUCUGCUGGUCACAGAGAGCUCCAUUGUCAAUGACAACAGAAACCCUGGCAAGAGCCGCCAAGAGAUUGAAGAUGAACUUAUUCGCACUCUUGGAGUUGAGAAAGUCAUCUGGAUUCCCGGAAGGUCAGGCCUUGACUCAACUGAUUGCCACAUCGACGCUCUGGCCCGCUUCGCCCGUCCAGGUGUCAUCCUCGUGAGCAAGGCCAACGAGGUGAAGCCAACCGACUGGACGGUAGUUUACGAAGAGACUCUUGAAGUCUUGAGCUCUGCCACCGACGCAAAAGGCCGUCCAUUUGAGAUUAUUGAGGUGGAGGAGCCUGAUGAGGAAUGCUUCGAGCCUCCCCCCAAAGGCGUCAAGGGCGUCAAGGGCAUCGAAGAAGAGCGCGCCGUGCGCAGUUAUGUCAACUACUUUCUUCCCAUUGGAGGUGUCAUUCUGCCUCAGUUUGGUGAUCCGGCGCACGAUGCUGCCGCCAUUCGGGUUGCGCAGCAAGUCUUUGGCGAGGAGAGGAUGAUCUACCCCGUUCUCAUCGAGCAGCUGCCCAUCUUGGGAGGCGGUAUUCACUGCGCCACUCAGGAAGUUCCAUUGUUUCCCUAGAGUGGAGGUACUGUUUCUUGAUAGAUCUUAAUGGAUAUCUUUGCUUGCUUCUGAUCUUAGUUGAAGAUAGCUGCUGCUGUAGUGUAGUGCUCGCAAAUAAAAUCCCAGGUUAAGCUCUC